AUGCCUGCCUACAACUGCCUACCUACAAAUGCCUGCCUACAACUGCCUACCUACAAAUGCCUACCUACAAAUGCCUGCCUACAACUGCCUACCUACAACAUUCUCCCUUUUAAACUGCCUGUCUACAACUGUCUGCCUACAACUACCUGCCGACAACUGCCUACCUACCUACAACUUCCUGCCGACAACUGCCUAUCUACAACUGCCUACCUACAAGUGCCUACCUACAACUACUGCCUACAUACAACUGUCUACCUACAACUGCCUGCCGACAUCUGCCUACCUACAACUGCCUACCUACAUAUGCCUACCUACCAACUGCCUGCCUACAACUGCCUGCCUACAACUACCUGCCUACAACUGCUUGCCUACAACUACCUGCCUACAACUGCCAACCUACAAGUGCCUGCCUACAAAUACCUUCCUGCCUACAACUGCCUACAACUGUCCUGCCUACACACUGCCUGCCUACAACUACCUGUCUUCAACUGUCUGCCUACACAGCCUGCCUACAACUGCCUACCUACAACUGCCUACCUACAACUGCCUGCCUACAACUACCUGCCUACAACUGCCUGCCAAGAACUACCUGUCUACAACUUCUUGCCUACAACUGCUUGCCUACAACUGCCUGCCUACAACUACCUGCCUAAAACUACCUGCCUACAAAUAUCUGCCUACAACUACCUGCCUACAAUUGCCUACCUACAACUGCCUGCGCGAAAACUGCCUACCUACAAAUGCCUGCCUACAACUACCUGCCUACAACUACCUACCUACAACGACCUGCCUACCACUGCCUACCGUCAACUGCCUGUCUACAACUGUCUGCCUACCACUGCCUGCCUACAAAUGCCUGACAACCUAUAA